GUCGACAGUUAACAUUGGUGACGGUGUCGGUAAAAUGAACAGCCCUGAAAAAGUCAUAAUUUUUUUACAUUUUUUCUUUAAUUUUUUGUGUCAUUUGUAAAUGAUUGGAGGAGGAGUUUUAGUGAAAUAUCAAUUUUUAUAAAAUUGCUAAGUAAACUAGAACAUUCGCUACAGUUCGUUAAAAGUCUUGCUGAAAAUGACUGACAAUUGGUGUUUUAUUUACUUUAAUUGAAAUAAUGUCAGUAACGUGAAGUGAAGUACUAAUUUUCAAAUUCAUUGGUGCGAUAAAUUUUCUAAAUGUUAACGUUUAUAAAUCAUACACAAUGUAGUUUAUUUUAUUUUAAGUGUUUUCAAUGAAUGGGUGUAUAGAAUUUUUCAAUAAUUUGCCAAGGACAUGUACAUAAUAAAUCAUCGUUACUCACGAAGUUCUUCAAUUUCUGCGGGCGACGAAUCAUGCUAUUCAGCUGGCGAUGAACGUUUGACCGCGCGAUGGAUCAGCAAGAUGGAUGGAGUAGCGGAGAGUCGGUUGCGACCGAAAACUCUACUGAAAAUUCCCGGGCCGCGGAACGCGACCGGGUGCGCAUCGAGUUCUAUGCUACUUAUGACGUCAUGACGGGCGUACGAAUAGCCGCCACCCUUGGCGGCUUCUUUGCAUUAAUGGUAUUUUUGAUCGUUUAUAAAAGCCGUAGUAAAUCUGUGAAGGCUUUAAACGAUCCAAAAAUAGUAGAAAUGGCUGAAGCUGUUGUCGCCGAAGAACAGGCAGUCGAGGAGGAGAGGCAAUUGACUGCAGCGCUAGAAGAGGCGCUUUCAGAGCGUGCACGCUCACGCCCAUCAAUAAGCGAGGAGCCACCUUGGCCCCGUACAGCACGGUUUGCGUCAUAUGGAGGUGGCUAUGGAAGCUUGCUAACACCGCCCCGCCGGUUAUCGACCGCUCGCGGUGACUCGCUUCCUGGUUCAGCCUUACGUUUUGCAGAGCGUCGGUCGUCAGCUGGUCCACGCGACCGGCGACUGAGCUCAGCGACUUGUUCUAGUUCCGGGAGCUCUUACUUGGAAAGACGUGGUUCGUCAGUAGUGUGUGCUUUGCCAGAACGCCGACUAUCGCCUUGUCCUAGUGAGAGACUUGCUCCUCUCGCGUCAGUGGGUAGCGUAGGCCCAUCCUAUGCAGUAGAGUGUGAACUAGCGUCAGUGGGUGCAGAUUCAGUUUUUGCAGAGGACGAAGCGGACUCCACUGACGAUGAGGUGGAGCAGUUUUCGACAGAUAGUGGAGGUGGUGAGGCGACAUUAGUAGGCGAGUGUACGGAGCUUUCUAGUCGUCCCACGCCGCUACCGCUGCGGUUAGAUCGUGCUUCACAUUCAAGAGAAACGUUGUUCUAGUCUAUGCCAAACGGUGAUGUAACUGUUGGCAAAUUAAUGUUAGUUAAACAUAUUAAAAUAUCGACAUUUUCCAUUUCUAAAUAACUAUUUAUUUAUUUGUAUUUUAACAUAUCAUAAAAUUUGACAUAUCAUUUGGUUUUAAUUACCAAAUUAAAUUUUUAUUCAAAUUAUACUUAACUAACGCACUUUAUACAUUACCCUAAUAUAAAACUGCUAAUAGCUUCUUGGAAGGCAAGGUUUCAUGUUGUUUUUCGCUUGCAUUUACCUAUGCUUUUAAUUUGUCUAACGAGAAGUAGAAAAUAUGUCGAUAUUUUAAUAUGUGGAAAUUAUUGUAAAUAGAUUGUUUUUGUUGAUAUAUUGAUGUUUCAUAAUGUUGAUGUUCCCAGCCCAUGGAAGAAUUGUAAACAAUGUACUAAUUACUUGUAUAUGUUGCGUAUGUGUAGGAACACAUAGAUGGCGAAUUAGUUAAAGUUUUGCUCAUGUGUAUUUAUUUUGCUAACGGCUGAUCAAUACAAUAACGAACAUUAUCCACGCAUACUCAUCAG